UACGAGAGACGAACGAGAGUGCGAUGAUCGAAACGUGAACACGGAUUACAUAUCGGUUUUUUUUUUUCGACGAAUCGACCGGGUAGGGACAACGGAAAUGCGUGACGAAAUUGCGAUGUACGCAUUGAAACCGAUCGUUUCAUUGUCAGAUACGUUGCAUCGCACGAAAACGAUGUACGAAAUGCGAAAUAUUCAUGAAGAACGAUCCAGAGACGACCAUACGGAAGCCGUGAAAGAGAUCGUGCCCGAUAUCACUGAGCAGGUUAUCAGCUUUUUGAAGAGUCCAUUACCUGAAUAUGAUGCAUUAGAAGCAAGGCAAGAAAAGAUACUAGCUCAAAUUGCAGAACUCAAGACUCAAGUGUCGACACUUUGUGAUUUAUUGAAACAACCAAAUCACAUUACGGUAGUCAACGAAAAUGAUGAAAGUCAGGAGCUGGUUAAUAUGAAUCUUAUCAUUAAUGUGAAUCCAAAGAUGCCUCCUUAUUCAGCAUUAGCUUUGCAGCAGGUGUGGAACGAUAUUGAUAUUAAACUACAGAAUUAUGUUCACUCUAGUAUCAAUGAAAAAGUUCCUUUAAUUCAUCAACCAGUUAUACAUUCUCCUAGGAAUAAUGUUAUAAAUUUGUCAGUGAUCUGGAAAAAUGUUGAAGAUCUCGAACUUGUAUCUGGUCUAUAUGGUUCCCCUGUGAAUGGUGAAACCAAUUUUCUGAGAUAUAUCAGUAGGUUAAUAAAUGCGCACAAUUAUGAGAAUUCUGAUUGUUUAGAGAACGUAAAUAGAAUCGACACAAUAUUAGACUUGUGCCACUCGAUACACUUUCAAAGUACAUUAAAAAAGAAACAAGAUGUACUGUCAUUAAUAGCUGAUAAGUUAGAUAGAAAUUCGUUUGGUAAAAAGGAGCCUGAUAUAGCCGAUAUCGCUGUAUGGAGUACCAUUAAACAAAACUUUCCAAAGUGUCCACCAAAGCUCGAGAAGUGGUUUGAAGCCUUUGAAAAAUGUUUUAAUCAAUAAAAAGCUUUUUUAUUAUAUGUA